UUUACAUAUCUAUUUAUCCAUAUUUACAAGUUUUCAUUCCCGGAUUCUAACUAAUGUUUUUCUAACACAAUCGGCAAUCCUCGGCUGACUCCGCUAUGCUCCAUUCGCUCCAUUUCGAGCCUCCAGAUCCUUCUAGAGUUAUUUGCUCAAAAUUUAUAUCCGGGAUGGAAUACUUGUGAAAAUGAAAAUGGAUAAACAACACGUAAAGAUAUGGGAGAAGAGGUCAGGCCAUGGCCCGUUGUUUGUGCUAUUGAUUUUGGGACUACGUAUAGUGGAUUUGCUUAUUCAAUGCGGACAGAUUACGAGAGAAACCCUUUGGAAAUCAAGUCCAAUCCAGUCUGGUUCAAUGAAGAAGCAGGCACUCUUAAAACUCCAACAUGUAUUCUUUUCGACAAGUCUGGAAAAUUUCAUUCUUUUGGUUAUGAUGCUGAGAGAAAGUAUGCCUCUUUGGCCGAGGAAGCUCAGUCAGAACAGAAUGAUGACGUCAGAGACGAAGAGGUCAAUAGCAGCGAGGACGAAAUGAGAAAGGAUAGAACAACAGAAGAUGGUUAUAAUGACUGGCUUUUCUUCCGGAGAUUUAAAAUGGAACUUUACAAGGGUUCGGGGAGGAUACGAAAUCAAAAGUUGAAAAACUUGAAAUUGGAAGCAGAAAAUGGAAAGAAAUUACCAGCCUUAAAAGUUUUUGCGGAGGCCAUAUUUUUUCUUAAAAAGAAGUUUGAAGAUUUACUAGAGAAAACUACUUUGCGACAGGAAAAUUUUACAAGCACCCAAGUGAAAUCAGAAAUGACACACAGAGAAAAAGGUGUAGAAAAAGAAGAUUUGUCGUGGUCUACAGAUAUUCUAUGGGUACUCACUGUUCCUGCUAUUUGGUCAGAUGAAGGCAAACAGUUCAUGAGAGAAGCUGCUUUACAGGUUGGUAUCAAAGACGAACACUUAGUUUUGGCGUUAGAACCGGAGUCGGCAGCCCUUCUGUGUAAACAACUUACUCUGACAAAAGAAACCUAUGCAAUCAACACCAAGGCGUUUGAACCUGGUAAAAAAUUCAUGGUUGUGGACUGUGGAGGAGGUACUGUUGAUGUAACAGCAUAUGAAGUGAAAAGCAAUGGAAACUUGCAAGAACUUCAUUGUGCCUCAGGGGAUGCAGUAGGAGGUACUAACGUUGAUGAGUUAUUCGUCAAGCUAAUGAAAGAUAUAUUUGGAGAGGACGUAAUUAACAAGUUGAAGAAAAAAGCACCCUAUGAUUGGCUAGAACUCUUAAGAAGUUUUGAAACAAAGAAACGUGGGAUGGGAAAAAGAAAUCUUCAAGAAGAGAAUACGGUGCAGAUAACUUUCUCGAAUAUGGGGGUCCUCUUCAGUAUCUUCGAAAAGGCCAACAAGAAAUCAGUUUCUUCGCAUUUAAUAGAGAUAGGAUUAAAAGGAAAAGUUAGUACGCGUUCAAAAUUUGCGAAACUUUCGUUUUCUGAAAACUAUUUAAUGGAGUCUGUUUUUGAUAGUCCCAUUAAAAAGGUUGUACAGCAUUUGAAUGAUCUUUUUAAGAACAAAGAUGUUGCUGAAAUUGAUACAGUUUUACUCGUUGGUGGGUUUUCCGAAUGCCCACUAGUACUUAAUGCAGUGAAGAAUCAGUUUCCAGACAGAAAAGUAAUAAAUCCCACAGAUGGAAGUAUUGCAGUGAUGAAAGGCGCUGUUUUGUUUGGACAUAGUCCUGAAGGGAGGAUGCGAAGAUUUCUAAAGGAAGGACGCCAUCUACCCGAUAUACAAGGCAUCAUACGGAAAAGCACAGCUUAUUAUGGCAUCGCAACAGAUGUCCUUUUCAUUGAAGGCGAACAUCCCGAAAGUCAUAAAUUCUAUAAAGAGGGAGGAGAAAUUGUAUGCACAGAUCUGUUCCAUUGCCUUAUAAAGAAAAACCAAGAAUUGGAAAUGGGAAGACCCACUAUAGAAAAGAUUUUUUUGUCUUCCACUUCUUGUUUGGCAAAUGUUGAAAUAUAUCGUUCCAACGAUGAUGUAAAAUACUGUACUGACGAAAGUUGUACAAAGAUUGGAGAAUACCCUGUAGAAUUUUCAAAGGAUUUCAUUCCUAAGGGUCUCCGAAAGUUUAAAAUUCAACUUUACUUAGGGUUAACUGAGCAAAUAAUUGUAGCUAAGGACUUGACGACAGAUAGAAUAUGGAAAGUUAAUUGUGAUAGUUUAAACGAACUAAAGCCACCUAAACAAGGGCUUCAGUCACUGUCCAGAUUCCAAUGAUAACUCUGCCCUACCCAACAAUAUAAGAACGGAUCGUACAUUUCUACAAUGCAUCUUAUUACAUACUGUACAAUAUUUCCAUAUGUUUCAUUUAAAGCAAUAUGAGCUGCGUGUUUGACAUCGGAAAAAAUUAUUGCAAUUUUGUAAUUAACUA